AUCCUUUAACUGCAGCUUUGUUAUUGCAGAGGGAGCUUGAGUCUAAACCUAAACUAUAAGUGUAUUCAUAUAUUUAUAAUAGAUCCACGAUUCAUAUACAACAAAUGGACUGUUGCAUUGUAUCCGCACUGUGGUGUUUUAUACCACUUUAUUUAUUUAUUCACCUCCUGUGUUUUAUUUUCGGGGACGCAGAUUUCACUUUGCUGUGGGCAAGUGUGUUAGGACACAGACCAGAGAAAAAGCUGAAGGGGCUGGUGGUGUGGGUCACUGGAGCCUCCAGCGGUAUUGGAGAGGAGCUGGCCUUCCAGUUAGCACAGUGUGGCUCACGUCUCAUCCUGUCUGCUCGACGUGAAGAUGAGCUAAACAGGGUGAAACGACGCUGUUUAGAUUGCUCCGACCUCCAGGAUGAAGAUGUUCGUGUUCUUCCACUUGAUCUGUUGGAGAGGACGUCACACGAGGGAAAAACAAAAGCUGCAAUUCAGUACUUUGGACAUAUUGAUGUCUUAAUUAACAAUGGCGGCCGCAGCCAGCGCUCUCUGUGCUUAGAGACCAGUGUUGAUGUGUAUCAGGCCCUGAUGGAGCUCAACUUCCUGGGUACGGUCUCCAUCACCAAGCAGGUGCUGCCCCACAUGACGCAGCGAGGAACUGGGAGCAUUGUGACUGUCAGCAGCGUGGUCGGCCUCGCUGGGGCGCCCCUGGCAACAGGAUACUCAGCCAGCAAACAUGCUCUUCAGGGUUUCUUUAAUUCCCUUCGGACGGAGCUCACUGACUUUCCAAACAUCCUGAUCAGCACAGUGUGUCCAGGCCCUGUACAAUCACAGAUUGUCCACAAUGCCUUCACAGAGGAACUGAACAAGCCCCUGGCUGCAGCUGGUAACCAGGAGCACAAGAUGCCAACAAGCCGCUGUGUGCGUUUGAUGCUGGUGGGAAUCGCCAACGGCAUCAAGGAAAUGUGGAUCGCCCAGCAGCCGUUCCUCCUGUUUUACUACGCCUGGCAGUACACGCCCACAUUCGCCUGGUUCAUCACAAACAUGCUGGGCAGAAAAAGGGUGCAGAAUUUCAAAGCUGGUCUGGAUGCAGACUCUGCAUACUUCACGAAGCCAAAGACCUCCUGAGAAUCACACCUUCAAGCGGAAACACAUUUGCAGCAUUCCUGAUGUCCGACCUGGACAGUGGUUUGAGUUUUCCUGCAAAAUGUGGUUGUCUUUGCCUUCAUUUCAGAGGAAAACAUGUAACAAAACAGCUGCUUUGAAAGUGCAGAGCUCUCUCACCAGAGCAGGGCAGGAUCAUGUCAAAUGUGACGAAAAUCUUAUACUCUAUUAUUCUAAUGGAACAACCAUCGUCAGAUUAUGUGAAUUUCUGUCUGAAAGCCUACAUGAAUUUAUAACAUAAGCAUUAUGGACUAGGAAUAUAGGAAUGAAACACCCCUACUAACUGUUUUUACUGCCUAAUAAAAUUUAGUUUGAAUCAAUUUUAAAGUUUGUUUAGUCAUACAUUACAAAACUGCUUCUGCCAAGCUAUUUUAUUAUAAGUAUAUACAGGUACACAUAUAAAAAUCAACAUUAUGUACAAGAGAAUAUGGACAAAUUCAUUUAACGCUUCAUCCUAAAAUGUAAACAAGUGAAUUGUAAACAAAACAAUAGCACUAAAACACCUUACACAUACAGCGAGACAUACCCAAGGCACAUCCUUGAUAUCUGAACAUAACAUUAAAAUUGUAUUUUGUGGACAUAAGCGGAGGGGUCACCUGAAAAUUAUAAAAUCUAAAAAGUACAAUAAAACCAGAGGUAUUCAGCAGGUGCCAUCUACUGUAGAGGGGAGGUGGACAAAUUCAUUCACUUUCUUUGAAGCACAAACAUUAAUAAACAAACCACACAACUCUUGUGCUUCGCAUGGGGACUCCCUAAAAAUGCAGGGUUUUUCCGCAGUGCCUUACAUCCUGUGUCACGCAGAGUAUAUCGUGCCUGAAACGCAUCCUCAUCAGCUCACAAACCUAAUCUUUACCUAACCCUGGGACUGAAUUUAAGACCCUCACACCUAACUAUAACUUGAAACACAUAGAUUGAUUCUUUAAAAUUCUUUGUGAUAAUCUCUGUGAUGGUCUAUUUAGGUUGUUUUUUGGUCCUUGUACUGAGAGCUGCUGCAACCGCAACUAGACUUCUCUGCAUUUUUUCAAAUGACUAUCUGACUACUGAUAAAGGUACCAUCAUAUCCUCAUACUGGGAAAAAAUAACAACUAAACAGUGCUUUAGUAUUUUGACAUUUAGAUAGACUAAACUGUGUCCCAACGAAAAUCUAUUCAGACGGGGCACCCACAAGCUCACCCGGGAAAGUGGGCACCCCAUAAACAAAAGCCAUGUCCGUGUUGCAGCAGUGGCGGGUUCGAUUCCAUCUUUGAACCUUUGCUGCAUUUCAUUCCUUCUUCUCUCCCCUUUUCAUGCUAAAGCUGGCCUGUUUAAUAAAGGCCAAAAAAGCCAAAAAGGUAAUCUUUUAAGAAAAAAAAAACUGUCAAUAUAUCUACUCAGAUGACCAGUCUUAAUUCCAAUAUCAAUAUAGUAUAAACAUUAGACGUCCUUAUGGAAUUAUAAGGCAGACCAUUAGUUUCCAUGUAUAUAAAUGUGAGACCAGAUAUACAAAUUAUAGGACACAUGAAUGGUAUAUUCUGUAUGCCUUCAAACUUGUAGUGUGUGCCUAAUUUUCCAAGCUUUUGAAAAAAACAAAAACAAAACAAAACAAAAAAAAGCUAGCCCAUACUUUGCCAACUUCUCAUUUUCAUCAAAUUGCAAUAUUUCAGGAUUUAUGUUCUGCAUUCUUACAAAGGCGCACCCAGCUUAUCAUAUAAAGUAUAAAUGUGCACUCAGAGCCAGGCUGAGACGAAGCGUUCACUGCUGCAUCCUGCAAAACCAUCUGAGUGAAACCCUGUGUUUUUAGGGAAUCCCAAACCCAUUUUGGACUUUUGUCUUCUUGAAUGUGCUGUUCUUGGAGGUAGUCCACAUUGUCUAUUAAAAUCAGUUGACAACAUUUUGCAACUUUUACAAGAGUAGAGUGGUGAUGCUGCCAUUGCUU